CUACUUAUUGACAGUGACAUUUGUGAUUGACACUGACAGCUGACAGUUCUUUUGCAAAACGCCGAAAACGCGGCGGGAAAAUCAGUUUUUCACCUAAAACCAACACUUUUUACAACUUUACUUUAAAAUACAUAAAAAUGUCAAUACAAGUAGAGAACAACUUAAAAAACACAGACAACAAGGAUUUAUUUGAACAGCGGGCUCAUUACGUGCCAUGUAAAAUAGACGAAGAUGGUCAAGCGAAUGUAAAUAAAUAUUUCGAGCCGUACGUUACUAAAAACGAUGAUGGAGAUUUGACAGCAACCUUCAGAGGCCACAAAUUAGAUGGAACCAACAUGGAACUUCCUAAAGGAUACAGAGCUAUUGUGGUGACAGAAGCCAAGAAACCUCUAGCUGAAGAAGCUGAUAGAAGAUUUCAGGUUGCCGGUGGAUUCAAAGAGCUAGUUUACUGGAAUUGGGACAAGAAGCCUUCGAAAAAUGACAAUCUGACGAGAGCCAUGGAAUGGAUCGAUAUAUCGGAGGCGAUACAUGGAGACUGAAGAAACCAGCUGCAACAUAAUUAUAAGAAAACCUAUAAUUUUAAGGAUAAAAUGUGAUAUAAAUAAAAAAAGUACUUGUUUUAAA